AUGCCCUUCAGGAGGCAAAAUCUGGUAGAAGAAAGGAAGGUGGGUACAGUUGACAUGGGCACAAGGCAACGCAUCAAAAGCAGGUCCCCUAGACCUUUCCCAAGGCUUAUUAACGGACAGCUAUUACAGAGGCAGCAGGCCGGGGGUACCCUGGGCCGCUACCGCAACCGCUUGGCCCCUGGGGCCUGGGUUUUCUCAGGGUCGCAUAACCACGUGCAGCUGUGGCUGGUGGGGGCUCACCGGGAGGCAGAGCUGGAGCAGCAGCUGCGACCCAGGCGGGGCGAGGAGGAGGAGUUUGUUCUGGACACUCCAGAGGAUCUGGGGCCGUUGCAGUUCGUGAAGCUGCGCAAACAGCACUCACUGGUGGACAGCGCGUGGUUCUGUGAUCUGCGAUCGAUCAUCACCGUGCAAGGUCCGGGAACCUCCGCGGAGACCGCAGAGACCGCGUUCCCGUGCUACCGCUGCGUGCAAGGCACGGGCGUCCUGAGCCUGCCCGAGGGCACUGCUCGCCUGGCAGGAGACAAUGCCUUGGACAUCUUCCAGAAGCAUAGAAAGAAAGAACUGGAGGAAAGACAGCAGACCUACCGUUGGGGCAUCUGGAAGGAAGGGAUACCCCUGAAAAUAGCUGCAGACACAGAGAAUGAUCUGCCCCCAGACAUGAGAUUCCAUGAGGGCAAGAAGCUGAACUAUGAAUGGACACAAAGACAGGGUAAGGAGAAGUUGAUUGUUUCCUCUGAUGCUGUCCUAGGGCCCUGGAGGUGGUUUUCAAACGAAGAAUUUGAUCAGAUAUUUUGGGGCCAGAAGAGUGCCCUGGCUGAGAAGGUUCAUCAGCACUGGAAAGAGGAUGAACUGUUUGGCUACCUGUUCCUCAAUGAUGCCAACCCCAUGCUGUUGAGACGCUCUACUUCUCUGCCCUCUAGGCUGGUGUUUCCCUCAGGGUCAGAGGAACUGGGGGCCCAGUUGAAAAAAGAACUCCAGAAUGGUUCACUGUUUGAGGCUGUCUUUAUCUUGCUGGAUGGAAUUCCAACCAAUGUGAUCCAAAGAGAGAAGCAGUACCUGGCGCUGAAGAUGGAACCCAAUGGGAAGCUGCUACCUAUGGUCAUCCAGCUCCAACUUCCCACCUCCAGUUCUCCUACCCCAACACUGUUCCUGCCCUCUGAUCCUCCACUUGCCUGGCUCCUGGCCAAGUCCUGGGUCUGAAAUUCAGAUUUCCAACUGCAUGAGCUCCAGUAUCAUUUGCUGAACACUCACCUGCUGGGUGAGGUCAUUGCUGUUGCCACCAUGAGGUGCCUCCCAGGACUGCACCCUGUCUUCAAGCUCCUGGCGCCCCAUAUCCACAACACUAUGGAAAUCAACACCCGGGGCCGGAUCCAGUUUAACUCAGAUGAAGGAAUAUUUGCAAAGGCAGUGAGCACAGGUGGAGGUGGUCAUCUAGAUUUGGCCCGUCGGGCAAUGACUCAGCUGACCUAUUGCUCCCUCUGUUCUCCUGAUGACCUGGCUGACCGGGGUCUUCUGGGAAUCCCAAGUGCUCUCUAUGCUCAUGAUGCCUUGGCCGGUAGAUUUCAGCUCCCUUCUCUGGGCAAGUGUGUGGAGGGGAUGGUCCACCUCUUCUACCAGAGGGAUGAUGUUGUGAGGAGGGAUCCUGAGCUGCAGGCCUGGUGUCGGGAGAUCAUGGAGGUAGGGCUGUGCCAUGCCCAGGACAGAGGUUUCCCUGCCUCUUUUCAGUCUUGGCUUCAACUCUGUCAUUUCCUUACCAUGUGCAUCUUCACAUGCACUGCCCAACACACAGCCAUCAAUAAUAGUUAGCUGGACUGGUUUUACUGGGUUCCUAAUGGCCCAUGCUCAAUGCGGAUGCCCCCACCCACUACCAAGGAAGAUGUAACAAUGGCCACAGACAUGGGGUCACUACCCAAUGUCCAGCAGUCCUGCCUUCAGAUGCUUUUUGUGCGGCAACUGGGAGCUAAAGCAUCUGUUCUUUCUGCUACAGGUGCCCCUAGACAUCACAGAGAAGACUAUUUCUCAAGCCCUGAGCCCAAGGCGGUGCUAAGACAAUUCCAAACAGAUCUGGAUAAACUGGAAAGGGAAAUUGUGGCCUGGAAUGAGAAACUAGACCUUCCCUAUGAAUACCUGAAAACAAGUUGCAUAGAGAACAGUAUCGCUAUCUAA